CCUCGACGUCAGGACUUUCUGUCCUUCACCACUUCACACACCCCUCAAAGUGUGACGAACACUCAGAUAUCAUGCUCACUUGAAGUCGCAAACUACAGCCAUGCUUUGGCCCCCAGCGCCUGCGCAAUGUGCGCGAGGCUACAUUAGAACUUCUCAAAAGUUCAGACAGAGAACCCCAUAUGCCAUUCGAGCCACCCUCAUCCUUCGACGCUACUACGCAAACGAUAUUCCCUCUUCUCCUUUGACUCCAGAUCCCUCCCGAAAUUCGACUGUCGCGCGGGUCGCGAAAUCAAGAUAUAAUGACAUCGGUGUACAACAAUUAAGUGACCAUGUUCACGCCCAAGUCUUCCCCAAUGGACCAACUCUCCCACGACCUGACCUCGUGGAGUUGGCCAAGGAUCAUCUGCGCAGGCAUGAUCUCCUAGGAAAGAACACAGACAACCCACCUCCUAUCAGCCUAGACCUCCCUCCUCUGCAAGGCUCCUCUCUCGACGAACACUUCACCCGCUUGGGUAUGGAUGCCUCUGAGCCCUACCUCACCUACGGCAAAACCUUUGUACGGGCCAACCUUCAACAGCGCCCACGGAAAUGGAUCAUCAGAAGUGGCUGGACCAAAUACAAUUCUGACAUGACCACCGAACAAGUCGACGCCCCCGACGAGGAAAUGCUAUCUUUUGAUGUCGAGACCAUGUGGAAGGAGUCGCCUUUUGCUGUCAUGGCCACAGCAGCCAGUCCCACUGCUUGGUACGCCUGGAUUUCUCCAUAUCUCCUGUCAGAGACGGAGAACUCCAGGCAACUCAUUCCACUCGGCGAUCCCACAAAACCUCGCAUCGUGGUAGGUCAUAACAUUGGAUAUGACCGUGCCCGAGUCAAGGAGGAGUAUGACAUCAACCAGUCCAAGAAUUUCUUCAUCGACACCAUGUCACUCCAUGUUGCUGUCAACGGAAUGUGCUCAAGACAGCGACCGACCUGGAUGAAACACCAGAAGAACAGGGCUCUUCGAGAUAAAAUGGCCGGGGAUCACAAUUCGAUAGAGCUGCAAACCAUGCUGGAGAGCAAGAUGUUGAGUGAAGAAGAGGAGGAGCUUUGGGUGGGCAGAAGCUCCAUCAAUUCUCUCCGCGACGUCGCCAAAUUUCACUGUGGUGUCACCAUCGACAAGUCUCAACGUGACUUCUUUGGUGAACUCAACCGAGAGGGGAUCUGUGAGCGCAUCGAGGAACUCCUGGACUAUUGCGCUGCUGAUGUAGCGAUCACUCACCGCGUCUACCAAAAGGUCUUUCCCAACUUCCUCGAAACAUGUCCGCAUCCCGUGAGUUUUGGGGCUCUGCGACAUCUUUCCUCUGUCAUCUUACCUGUCAACAAGACCUGGGAUCAGUAUUUGGAAAAUGCCGAAAACACUUAUCAACAGCGCCUGAAAGAUGUUGAGCUCAGACUCUUGCAGCUAUCUGAUGCCGCCCUGGAAGUGAAGUCGAAUCCAGAGGUAUAUGAAAACGAUCCCUGGUUAAGUCAACUUGAUUGGUCUGGCCAGGAGAUUCGCUACAAAAAGGCCAAGAAGAAGGGAGAGGAGCCACAGCCCGUCGCCCGCCAAAAGAAGCCGGGUGCCCCGAAUUGGUACCGAGAUCUUUUUACCAGUAACACCUCCCCUUUGACCUUGACCGUUCGCACGAGGAUCGCUCCUUUGCUUCUCAAAUUGGCAUGGGAUGGCAAUCCAUUGGUUUGGUCUGACCUUCACGGCUGGACGUUUCGUGUUCCCCUCACCCAGGCUACCAAAUAUGAACACACCAAUGUCGUCCAAGUCGACAUGGCCGAGGAAAAGAAUCAAAAGCUCCAGUCGGACUAUAAACACAUCUACUUCAAGCUACCUCACAAAGACGGGCCGACAGCCCGAUGCACCUCUCCUCUGGCAAAAGGCUAUCUGCAAUACUUCGAACUAGGCACGUUGUCUUCGCAAUUCACACUUGCUCGAGAGGCCCUUGAAAUGAACGCCUCUUGUUCAUACUGGAUCUCAGCUAGAGACCGGAUCAAAUCACAAAUGGUCGUCAAAGAGGAGGAUCGAGACCCCAGCCUUGCAGGAACCACCGAUCAGGCUUUUAUCCUUCCCCAGGUUAUUCCCAUGGGUACCAUCACGCGUCGAGCAGUGGAAAAUACAUGGCUAACAGCCUCAAAUGCCAAAGCCAAUCGUGUCGGUUCCGAACUCAAAGCGAUGGUCAAGGCACCGCCAGGUUAUGUCUUUGUCGGCGCCGAUGUGGACAGUGAAGAAUUGUGGAUAGCGUCUUUAGUCGGUGAUGCCCAGUUCCAACUUCAUGGUGGUAAUGCCAUUGGCUUCAUGACCCUUGAAGGUACAAAAGCUGCAGGCACAGAUCUACAUUCCAAGACGGCUAAGAUCCUUGGAAUUUCCCGGAAUGACGCCAAAGUCUUUAACUAUGGACGUAUCUACGGUGCAGGUUUGAAGUUUGCAGCCACUCUUCUCCGGCAAUUCAAUCCCGCUCUGUCCGAAAAAGAAACCACGACUAUUGCAAAUAACUUGUAUAAAGAAACCAAAGGAACCAGGACCAGACGAAAGGCACUCGGUAACGGGAGCUUUUGGAGAGGAGGCACAGAAUCCUUUGUUUUCAACAAGCUCGAGGAGUUUGCCGAGCAAGAAAGACCACGCACGCCGGUUCUGGGAGCAGGCAUCACUGAAGCCUUGAUGCGAAGAUUUAUCAAUCAAGGUUCUUUCAUGACAUCUCGCAUCAACUGGGCCAUUCAGUCCUCUGGUGUGGAUUAUCUGCACCUUCUCAUCAUCAGCAUGGAUUAUCUCAUCAGACGCUUCAACCUCGAUGCUCGUCUAGCCAUCACUGUCCAUGAUGAAAUUCGCUAUUUGGUCAAAGACAAAGACCGAUACAAGGCUGCCCUUGCACUUCAAGUCUCGAAUCUAUGGACACGAGCCAUGUUCAGUCAGCAGAUGGGUAUCGAAGACCUCCCCCAGUCCUGUGCUUUCUUUUCUGCUGUGGACAUUGACCACGUCCUGCGCAAGGAGGUUGACAUGGACUGUGUGACACCUAGUCAUCCCGACAAGAUCCCUCAUGGCGAAAGUCUUGACAUCAAUCAACUUCUAGAGAAAGGAGAAGAAGCAUUUCUGGACGAAUCGAUUGUCCCUCGAUCCGGUUCCAUUGAGCUGGACAAAUACGAGUAUACUCCUCGUGAAACCAUCAUGUCCAAGUUGAACGCUGGGGACGAUACGACAUAUAUUCGUGCCCAAAUCACAGCAGACGACAAAGAAUUGCGAGCCAUCAUCAAAGAGGCCGAGAAUCCCGAGUCUUCGCCCACAUCCCCUUCCACACCCUUGAAUGACAAACCUGUAACCCCCAAGAAACUCAGUGCUCCUCGAGGACGCCGUCCCAAACCAAAAGUUCCUCCACCACCACAUGCUCAGCCCCAACGGGCUAUGUUGAUGGAGGUUGAGGACCGUUGGGAUCUCGGCUACAAACGUGCCUUUGCUGGCAACGGCACUCAACAUGCUUCUGGCAAACCUUGGUUAACAGACCGAAAGACUUCAGGAUCCAGGUGGGGCGAUGAUGGUUGGCUGGUUUGAAUGCUACCCUCAACCGUUGUGGCGGGAUUGCUGUAAAUAUUUUUAUUGUAUAUUUAGAUGAGAUGUUUAAAUAUUUACUCGAGUUGACAGGCGCAAGCCUGAUGAAGGAACCAAGUGUGUAUACGAGGAGUGGGGAUGACUUACGAUGUGAGCAUAGCAAGGAAAAUAGUACCUAAUUGUACGGAUAAAUAAGUCUUAAGAGAAAAGAGGUCUUUUAUGUCGACACAGGAG